AUGUUUUUUCAUGCGACACGGCGAUUAUAUUUCGCGGGCACUGCGGUGUGGCGGGUAGGGCAACAGCAGCCGCCACCGACGUCGGCGCCACGCGUACAAAUCGCCGUCGUUGGCAGCGGCCCCAGCGGGUGUUAUGUCGCGCGUCUCCUGACGAAGAGGCGUGACGACAUUCACGUGGAUGUUUUUGAGCGAAUGCCCGUCCCGUUCGGUUUGUGCCGCUACGGCGUGGCCCCGGACCACCCGGAGGUGAAAAACGUCGAGCGGCAGUUUCUUGACAUGUUCAAAAGUGGCCGGGUGACGUGGAUCGGCAACGUCACUAUUGGCAAGGACAUUCCCGUGGAGACGCUUCUUGAGCACUACACGGCCGUGGUGGUUGCGACGGGCGCGGAGGCCAACCGCAAGCUUCACAUCCCCGGCGAGGAGCUCGGCGGUGUCAUCAGUGCCGGGGACUUUGUGCGGUACUACAACACAUACCCUUUCCCGUACGGCUCGCCACGGUUUUGCCCGUUUGACCUUGAGACCGCGCGCGAGGCGGUCAUCAUCGGCAAUGGCAAUGUAGCGAUGGACUGUGCACGUGUCAUGGCGGCGUCGUACAAAUAUUUCUGUGAGACCGAUAUGAACUGCGUGGCGAUCCGAGAGUUCAUGAAGAACCGUAUUCGCCGCAUCAACGUUGUGGCCCGCCGUGGUCACGUACACAGCGCCUUCACCAUUGCAGAGUUUCGAGAGCUGACAAGAUUUCACUCGGACACCGUGCGGGUUGUUGUUGACCCGUUUGACUUGCAAGAAGCCCUGCGUGUGCCUUCAGCAAACCCCCGCGCGAGGAAACGUCUUCUUGAACUUGUCUCCCGGUUUGUUUACACGAGUGGUGACGGCAUUGCUGCGGGGGGCAAUCUGCCCGAUGCACCACCAGCGCUGAAGCAGCAGCCAAAACACGCACGCGGUCCGUGCGUUGUUCAUAUGCGCUACCAUCUGAAGCCUUUGCGCUUUUUGCCGCAUCCUGAGCGCCGCAAUUACGUAGGAGCCGUCGAGUUUGAGCGCACGGACGUGGAUGCUGGGGAAAACGCGAAGAAUGCGACGACCGUCAGGCUCCCGUGUGACGUUGCGAUCACUUCGGUUGGUUAUUUCUCAGUGGACAUCCCCGGUGUUGCGUUUGAUCAUGCACGUGGCGUCAUUCCGCACCAGCAUGGUCGUGUGACGGGGCAGCCGCGACUGUACUGCGCGGGGUGGGUAAAGAAUGGACCGAAAGGCGUCAUAUUGCAGUCUCUCAUGGAUGCGCAGGAGACCGUGGCGUCGAUUUUUGAAGACCUGGACAAUAAAGUCCUUCCCACGGAUGAUGGGAUUAGCACGUCGGUCCCAUCAUCUUCCAGCAGCGAGCAGCAUGCCGAUAGCAGCAGUCACGUGAGUGGUGCGGAGAACAGGGGAUUUUUUGGUAAAUACGGUCUGAUUGAUUACUUUGUGGAGAAACGGCUAGAGCCCGUUUCUGUUGCGGGGCUGGAGCGCAUCCUACACGUUGAGGAGGAACGUGGGAUCGAUCUAGGCAAGCGUCUGGAAAAGAUUGACAAUGUGCGCGGGAUGCUCGAUGUGGCGCUCGGUGGUGCCGUUGGGAAGAAGGCAAACAAUGCCAUACGUGGCAUCACGAAUGAGAGACCGGACGCCCUGCUGUAUUUGAACGAGCUGCUGGAUGACACGACGGACAUGGCACCACUUGCACGGCAGCUAGCGAAGGAAGUGCCUCCUCUCAUGGCCGCGCAGCACCCGCCAGGAGAGCUGCAUCCAUCUCAGUUAUAA